GGACAACAAAAGCACGUGAUGUGAAGCCGUACCCCAUAUUUGGGUGCCUACGUAGGAGGGAACCAAGUACAUGUCCCAGUCAUUUCCAUAAUUCAUCAUAAAUUGUGCAAGGGUGCUAUAGACGCACAAAACGACCAAGAGCCACAAAUCAAGCACACAUAUCAAAAAACAAAUGAGCUCUUAUUUUGUAAACUCAUUUUGCGGUCGCUAUCCAAAUGGCCCGGACUACCAGUUACAUAAUUAUGGAGAUCACAGCUCGGUGAGCGAGCAAUACAGGGACUCCGCCAGCAUGCACUCCGGCAGGUACGGAUACGGCUACAAUGGCAUGGACCUCAGCGUCGGGCGCUCUGCUUCCACCCACUUUGGUGCCAGUGAGAGACCCCGCAGUUACCCGGCCAACACCACCUCUGCCUCGACAGAGCCCAGGUACAACCAGCCCGCGACGUCUUCCCACUCGCCUCCCCCUGACCCUCUGCCCUGCACCGCCGUGGCCGGUUCGCCUGUCAGCGAGAGUCACCACGGGGUGAAAAACUCCCUCGCCAACUCCACCAGCACUUCGUCCAAUUCCAGCAGCAACACGCACAUCAGCAGAGACGGGGUUGGCACCUCGUCUGGGACUGAGGAAGACACUCCAGCAAGCAGCGAGCAGGCAAGUGCCCCGACCGACCAAAGCACAGCCCAGCCUUCACAGCCCCAGAUCUACCCCUGGAUGCGAAAACUGCACAUAAGUCAUGACAACAUAGGGGGACCAGAAGGGAAAAGGGCUCGGACUGCUUACACCCGCUAUCAGACCCUGGAGCUGGAAAAGGAAUUUCACUUCAAUAGAUACCUGACCCGCAGAAGAAGGAUUGAAAUAGCACAUGCUCUUUGCCUCUCAGAGAGACAAAUAAAGAUCUGGUUCCAAAACAGGAGAAUGAAAUGGAAAAAGGAUAAUAAGCUGAAAAGUAUGAGCAUGGCAGCUGCAGGAGGGGCAUUCCGUCCCUAAGCGUUUGAUCAAUUAAAAGUACUGAGCAGUAUUAGCUGACCCUGCGUCUCAUGUCAGUACUAAGUUGACUUUCUAAAACUUCCUUGUGUUACUUCUGUGAAGAAACCCUGUUCUUGUCGCCCUUAUUCAUCUUUUAAUCAUGAGCCUGUUUAUUACCAUUCUCUCGCGUGUAUAAGUAGAUCUGCUUUUAUCGUACAUUUCUUUGUCUUGAAUGGCUUUGUCUUGAAAAAAAUAAUAGAUGUUUUAACUUAUUUAUAUGAAGCGAGCUGUGUUACUUGAAGUAACUGUUAAAACAAAACAAAACAAAACAAAAAAGAACAAAAAAAAAGAAGGUAAAAAAAAGGAGAGAGAGAAAGAAACCCUCCCCCGGUUUAGUACAAAUGUUAUGUGUUGCACUCAACCUGCUUAACUGUGCAUGUGUGGUCAAGUGUUAAUGUCUGUAUAGCUCCAAGCUGUUAAAAAUAUUUUUAUUCAAACUACCUAUAUAAUUCCUGUGUAAUUAAUGCUGUUGUAGAGGUGAAAUGAUGAAAUCAACUGAACUUGUCCUACGUGUAGUGAAUAGUGAAUCUGUGACGAAAACUGUGAUUCCAAGCAGUAUGUCCUUGCUGUGCCUUUGUAUAUGACUCUUUGCACGAACUCUUAGAAGUGGCUCUUAUUAAGCGCAGCUUCUGUGAUGUAUGUUUUUUGUGAACAAAGUUACAAAUAUAGUCAAAGUCUGGCUGUUUGAGCAAACUGUGAUCAGCUUUUUUUUUUUUUGUAUUUGUUUUUAAAAAAAACUGACUGGAAAUCAACAAAAAAAAAUAAACUUUCUAUUGUAAAGUU